AUGUGGCAUCAAAUUCAAACAUAUGGAGAUGUCCCAUCACCAAGAACAAGAUUUGGUUAUACUUAUUAUCAAGAUAAGGAAGGGACACUCUUAUUUGCUAUUUUUGGAGGAAUAACUGCGACUGGAUUGAGUAACAGCCUUUAUCUGUAAAAUUUAUUUAGUCUAAAUACAACAAGUUGAAAGUGGAAAAAGAUGCCCUCUGAAGGAAUAGUUCCGAAAUCAGUUGCAGGGCCCACGAUUAAUUAUUACAGUAAUAAAAUUUAUAUCGCUGCUGGAGAAGUUUUGACGACAAAUAUUACAAUACAAACACUUUUUUAUUAUGAUUUGGAUGCAAAUCAAUGGGUAAAUGUGACUUCUAACUCCCCCCUCCGUGAGCGAACAAAACCAUUUCCUAUUUUUGCUUAAAAGCCCACCCUCUGUGAGCGAACAAAAAAUUUUUUAUGGGAAAAUUUUUGAUAUAUAUAUAAGUGAUAACUAGGAUCAUGAAAUCUAGAGCUAAUCUGUGUUUAAUUUUUAACAAAUUGCGUUUUAAAAAACAUAAAUUUUACAAAUUAAAUUAAUAUUUGCUUUCCAAUUUUCGAGAAGUGGGAUUUUUUUAAAUUCGAAAAAAAAAAAUUUUCUUUAGAAUUUAUAUAUAAAUUUUUUAAAAAAAUUAACCCUUCGUGAACGAACAAAAAAAACUUGUUCGCUCACGGAGGGGGGAGUAAGAACACUUAUACAGCGAGAACUCAUCAUGGUAGUGUUAUAUAUGAAGAUGAGCUAUAUUUGAUGAUGGGGUGAUCACAGAUUGAAAAUAAUCAUGUAUUGGAUUGAUAUAAGGUGAAUUUAAAAGAUCCUAAUUAUGAUUGAAAUAAAGUAAGCUUGACUGAUGACACCACUGGGUAUUUAAAAACUAGCAGCUACGGAAGUACUUUAUAUCAAAAUUCAAUAUAUCUUUUUGGAGGAAAUCAAUAUCCUCCAACAACAAAUGAAUUAGUAAUUUUUGAUAUGGCAGUUUCUCCUAUUCCACAUAGAACAUUUGGUAAAGACCUCUCACCAACUCCUCGAAUGUAUCACUCAAUGCAACCAAUUGGGCAAUAUCUAUAUUUAUUUGGAGGACUGGGCGAUAAUGGACAUCCUUUAAACGAUUUUUGAUCUUUUGAUUGUAUUAAUGAAAACUGGAGCUUAGUAAGUUCAUUCGGAGAUCAUCCGCUUCAAAGAUAUGCCUACGCUUCUGCAGUGGAUGGAGAUCUGUUGCUAAUUUGGGGUGGAUAUGGUUCUUUAGGAUACCUUAACGAUGGGUAUGUAUAUGAUAUUACCUCCAAUACAUGAACUAUUCUGGAAUAUACAGGUGUAGCGCCAAGCCCAAGGUCAGGAGCAUGUGCAGGUAUAGAGGUUUCCUCUAUAUAGCGCUGAAAGCGCAGACAUUUUCCCAGGAGCUUUCCAAGUUCGUCGGACCAAAUCGCUUUUUGGUCCGACCAAGGCAUUGAUUUGGUGCAACCAACCGAUAAAUUCCGAUCAGAAUUUAUCGGCCUUACAGCGCCAAACAUAGGAAACUUCUAUAUGAGCGGUCCAAUGAUUUUUAUAUAUGGAGGUGAGACAGAAUUAGGCUUAUCUGAUGAAGUUUGAUAUUAUGAUUUUACAGUAAAAAUGUAUACGUUAUUAGAUUCUGACAAUCCGCGAGGCCCUGGACCCUUAGUUUAUGCCAGCUGUAGAAUAGCUACUACAUCAAAUACAUAUUUAUAUGUAAUGUACGGAGAAGCUGAAGACAAUAUAGCUACUAAUGCAAUUUAUGGAUUUUUUGCAUUGACUGGAGAGUGGUUUAGCUAUAUUGAUAAUCCAGAUAAUCAAACUUAUAGUAGAAGCAGAGCUGCUGUCUGUAAACCGCAAGGGAAAAUUCUUAUUGCUGGUGGAAUUGCUACAGGAGGAUACCCAAAUAAUGAUAUUUUUUAUUUCGAUACAAAAAAUAAACAGUAUAGUACACUUGGUUCUCUUCGUGAUAGUGUUUUUGGCCCUGCUUCAGUGUAUUUUCAAAACUAUUUUUAUAUUCACGGAGGAGGGAGCGCUGUUUCUUACCUUUUGAGGUAUAAUGCUCCCACUAAUAAAUUUAUUCGUAUGCAUUUGUGGUCAUCUUGCUCAAAUAAUGUGACUUGUAGCUUCGGCUGCAGCCCUGGGAGUUAUAGAACUGCGUCAAACUGUGAAAUAUGCCCCCAAGGAGCUUAUGCGGAUCAAUAUAAUAUGACUGAAUGCACAAAAUGCCCUAAAGGCAAAUAUGGGCCUAACUAUGGAUCCACUUCUGCAGAUAUGUGCUACCCAUGCCAAGAAGGAACUUAUAACGCUUUAGAAGGGCAAAGAUAUUGCCUUGCUUGUCCUAGUGGAUCGAGCUGUAAAACAGGAAGUUCUUAUUAUAGUCAUGAAAUAGAAGAUUUUUCAGACAAGUCUAUACAGCCUGCAAUUUAUUCAGUCAAUAUGUCUGAAACAAAUAGGAAUAUUAGAUUAGCAGAGUAUGUUAUUGGAUUUAUAGGACUCGGCGUAAUCCUUAUAUUUAUAUUUGUCAAAAAAGCAAAAAAAUUGCUAAAGUAUAUUGAUUUAUACGUCUCAAGCCAUAAUUAUAUCCUUGGAGAUCCAAUGAUUUUAAGAAGUACUCAGAUUGGAGGAGUUUUUAGUUUGGCUUUUAUAUUUGGAGCAAUCAUUAUUAUUUUUAUAUCCAUUUUUCAAUAUGCUUCAAAUAAUAUAUAUGAAACAAAAAGCUUGGUUCCAUUAGUUGUGCUCGAGCAAGACGUAUCAGAGGUAUUUAUUAUUUACUCCACUAUCUUAAUAAAAUGCCAUUUUAUAAAUUUAAAUUGGGCUAAGUUAAAAUAAAAUUUUGAUAAUAAUUCCCAAUUUGGGAUAUUUAUGACACUCUAAUAAACAUUUCGAUACAGUUCUCCAUUUUCUACACUGAAAUAAUAUUAAAUUUUUUUCAUUAAAAAAUUUUACCAAAAGCAUUAAUUAUAAUAAUCAUUUAUAUAAUAUCCAUAAAUUUUAUUGGCUUAAAUAUAUUGCUAGUAUUAAUUAAGAGUUAGUUUACAUCAUAUUUUUUAUUAAAUGUGACGCUGAAAAAUUAUGGAAGCACUUGUGCAGGAGAAAGUAAUUCGUGCUAUCAUGCAAUUUUUUAUGAAAUAAAUGGGAUAACCGGAGAAUGGUCUGAAGAAAGUUGCAAAGAAAUACCUAAUGGAGAUUGCCAAAUAUCAAUGGUUUGUAAGCACUGUUCAAUUCCAUAUGAAGGAAGUAUUUUUUUUACAAUGGACGACACAAAUGCUUAUACAAGUGGCUACACUGUUAAUUUUACUUCUUCCUCGUCUAUCCCUGACAAACCAAGUAGCUAUCAAACUUCAGUUUUGCCUUCAAAAAAUUAUGUGUUUUUAGGGACGACUCCUACCAAAAUUUAUUACACUAUGAUCCCUUCAUUUUACGACGAUAAACCAAAUGAUGUAAAUCAUACUGGUUACCAUGUAACUCUUGGAAAGCUUCCAGAUAAAGGAUCACAGCUCAAAUCAUAUGAGUAAAAUUUAUAUAGGCUAGGAAUGGGUUUUAUCAAUUAUCUAUCGAUUGUAUUAUCUAUUGAUAAUAGUGGCCUAGUUACAACAAGAAAUGAUAAUCAAACGUUGAUUGUUUUGCUAACAACACUUAUAGGAUCAGUCUUUGGAAUUUUGAGUGGAAUUGGGGGAGUGAUGAACACUGUAGAGCAGAGGUGGAUCAAGUUCAAGAAAAAAUCGAAAAUGCAAAAGCAUUGUGUUGGAAUGGUAGAAAAUAUAAAAUAUAUAGAGAAUUCAUAUGUUAAAAAAUUAGGGACCAGAUCUGAGGGAGAUACAGGUUUAAACUCUAAUGAUGAAAGCGGCAAUCGACUUUUACGGUUAAUAGAUAAAUACUGCUAA